UCCCUGAGCCAGUCGGUAAAGCUGCGGGAAUGCGCACUCUCCCAUCGGCCCGGAGCCCUGCCCUCCCCGCGCAGGGCCCACGUUUUCCGAGAAUCCAAAGCGGUCUCCAGGUGUUAGAACCGAGCGCUCCCAGCCGCACCCCGCGAGGGAAUCCUCCGCAGGCCGAGACUGGGGGCGCCGUCAGUCAGUAUUGGGGCUGCGCAGGCUCUGGCCCUGGCCCUGGCCCUGGCCCUGGCCCUGGUCCUGGUCCUGGCCCUGGCCUUGGCCGGGGGCCCAGUUCCCUGCAGCCUUGCACGCCGGCAGGCACGGCUCCCGGCUCGGGGUCUGCUGGCUGCCCUUCCCUAAUUGGGAUUCUCGGCCUCUCGGAGGCCCCGGCUGCGCACUGGGGCUUCCAGCGAGAGGCUGGGCCGCGGGGCUCGGGAUCCUUCCCGGGCUGGCAAGGCGCAUUGGACCGAGGGCGGGGCGAUGCGCCCGGGGCCCGGGUCGGACCAGCUGCGCCUACUUCCCGGGCAGGCUCAGUGGGAACCGUGCGCCUGGCGGCUCCACCCUUCUUCCAGGGUGCUGCCACGCCCUCCAGGACAUCUUGUAAAGGGCUUAGCACUUUUUUCCUUUGCUCCUCUUGCCCCGAGGGCCCCUGCUUACCCCUAAACUCAGAGUCGGGCGCCACCAGGUUCGGGGGAGCCCGGGGCACAGGCGGUCCCGGCAGUCAGCCUUCGAUUCCCGCCCCAUCCCCAUCCCCCUUUGUCCGCGGUGGAUGCGGCGACCAUUCUCAACCCGCAGGGCCUGGGGCCGGGCCUCGGCCUCUUUUCCCCGUGGCAGCCUCAGGCCCUGUGGGGCAGGGAAGGGGCCCCGCGAUCUCCCAGGCAGGUCCGAGAGGGAUAUGUAGAUUCAUUCUCCUGUGGAGAACAGGUGGCCCCGAGAUCAGGCCCUUUUUUGCUCUUUGUAUUUUAUUUUGAAACUGUAUUUAAUGCUUUUAUAUGAAAGGGGGAGGGGCAGGGACAGAGGACCCAGUCACCCUUAUGUGCAAAUGUCUUAUUUAUUAUGCGUGUAUCAGAGAUAAGCUGUGAGAGGCGGUGGAGGGAGGACCUGAAGGAAGGAGGAGCGAGGGCAGAGGCGGGGACGGGAGGACCCCAACUAGCUGUGCUGAUGUUACUCUUGCUGGGAGACUCCGGGCCCUACUGUCUGCUCUUCACAAAGCCGGGCUGCUGCAGGGACAGUUCCCUCGGUCCUAAAGCCGGGGCGGGGAGGCUAGUGGGUGGAACUUGAGGGUUAGGUCUGGAGGAAGAGAUGCCCUGGCACCGGGGGCCAGCCCCUGCCUGGGGGUGGGAAAGCAAAGGGCAAAGAGGAGGCCCCUCCUCUCACCCCUGACCCCCCAGGCCAGAACCCAAGGUUCAAGUGCCUCAGGCCCAGUCCCCUUGACUCUUCCUGUUUUGGAGUUGGAUUUUAUACCACGGAUUUUAUAGCAUUUUUAUAUAAUUCAAGAUUGUCAGAAUUGGAAAGGGCCCUGGAGAUCACUAGUACCACCCUCCUCCCCUUCACAGAUAGGUAAAUUGGAGCCCAGGAACCCAGAUGAUCACACAGCCAGGUGGGGACAGUAGAAGAACUAGAAUGAAAAUUCUAGCUCCCGACUCAGUGUUCUUUACACAAUACCAGGCUGCUUCCCAAUUCACUGGUUAUUAAAAUUUGUCAGGCCUGCCGAAGGAUUGACAUGCUGGGCUGCAGGCCACCACAGUGGAUAUGUGACUCCUGAAGGUGGCAAAGCCCUGCACACUGUUUGGGGAUGAGCACGCUGAGCUUUGCAGGGCCUCAGCUGGAAGGCGCCGUGGGCUCAGCCUUCCUCUCCCCAGCAGAACUGGAGGUGGGACGGCUGCCACCGGGCCCAAGGCCUCCUCGGCAGGGGGCUUUGUGCUCUUUGUUGUGGAGGCCACCAGGGAUUCAGGAAGAUCUUGAAUGGGUUGUCAGUUGACUGAAAAGUAAAUUCCCAGUGAGUUUGAACCUCCAGGGUUUUUGGGACAGUAUUAAAAGCUUGAGAACGGAGAUUAUGGAUGGCACCAGGCUGUGCACUGCCAUUCUUUUACUUUCCUUCAUGUAUUUUUUCGGAUCCAGAGUAUUAACACCCUCAAUAUUACUCUGCCUGCUCAAAAACAGUAGGUAAAUUGGGGCAACCAAUUUAUAAUCACUCAAGCCCACUGCCAAAGUUCAGAUAAGCCAGGGCGGAGGAGUUAGAGGUUUUCCCUCCUCCAUAGGCAGGGAGAGGCCUCAGGAGGAGAGUGGACAUGUUUACUGAGACAGCCCCAAACACACCAGCUCAAAGUGUCUCUCUCAGAGCAGCAGCAUCACCUUAGGAAUCUGCUAGAAAUAAAAAUUCUUGGGCCAUACCCUAGGGUUACUGAAUCAGAAACUUGGUUGGGGCCUAGCAGUCUGUUUUCAUGAGCCCUUCACUGAUCUUAAUGCAGCUGAAGUGCUGGGCACCCGUGAUGGGGAAGGGCUGUGGUCGUGAUUCCGGUGAUUUCUGCUUUGAUGGAAGUUACGGCCUCACAGGUUAGAGGCUGCAAGUUGAGUUGGCCUCCUUGCCUUGGGAUUCUGACAUGAACAGGUGAAGUCUCCAUGAUUUUUUUUUUUUUUUUUUUGGUUAAUGGUAUGCUUGCUAUUAUGGCCAAUAUGUAAAUGUUACUCUGAAUACAUAUUUAUAUACCAUGUUACUUAGUGACAUUAUUCAGACAUUUGUAUGCGUAUUUGUGAAGUUGUUUGCAUCAGUCAUUUAAAGAAUAUUUCAGCCUAAGUUUUCUAAGAGGUAUGUUGAAUACAUUUUUAAAAGCCAGCUUAAGGGUCACAGCAGCCUUAGUUUAGGAGAAGAGCUAAUCACAGGUGACCACUCAAGUUCUUUCAAUGAAGACCUGAUGAUGUAUUUAGUUCCCAUUUUCCAUGGUGAUUGACUCAAUUUAAGUGCAUUGUGGCUAUAUAUAAUUUACAGGCUGCUUUACGUUGCAGGUGGGGAAAUCUCCCAGGCUGGUGUGAGGCCGAUCUGGGAUAAAAGACCCCCUGACCCCUCCUCAUUCUUCUAAGGUCACCACCUCUUAGAGGGUCUCUUAUUUUCUUUCAGAGAUCAAAUGCACAGUUACUCUCUACAACUAAAUUCUGCAGUCUUGGGAAUCCUUACGAUUAUCAACUAUUAGUCACUUUUUAAAGCCCCCAAAGUGGAGUGAGGAUAGGGGGAGUGGAAACAGUGUUUGGUUCUUACUUUACCCAAACUGUGUAUAAAGAAUAAAGUUAGCAGAAUGAUGCCACA